AUGUCCUCGAUCCCCGACACCUCGCUUGGCCUCACCUCCUCCGAGAUCCAGAUUCUUCGACAGCAGCAACAGAUUGCCCUGCAGAACACCCAUGCCGGCAAUGGCGCUGCCAGGGGCCGGGGUGCUGGGAGAGCCAGCAACUCUAGCUCGCGCGCAACCAGUGCCGCCAGUAGCCAAGGACGCCUGUUACUGGACCCCGACAGCCUUCAUGCACUGUCACAUCAGCUGGGCUCCCUGGAGCGGCGUAUCAGUAGCCAGAUCGACUAUCUCUCACAACAAAUAUCCGAUUCCGUCAAGCUUAGCCAGAGCGGCGCAUUAAGGACAAUCCAACAGGUCGAUGCGGAAAUGGCCCGGACCCGCGCGAUGAUGGCCUCCGCCGACGAUUUGGAGAACGAACUGGCCAAGAUCGGCCACAUUCGGGAUAUCGUGAAGUCCUUUCGUGGGCGAAUCGAAGGCUUAGAUCGUCGCAUCGACCAAUCUCGUCGCCGCCGCUAA